AUGGCGGACGUAAAGCCGCGCAAGUCGGUAGCUUUCGCUGAAGGCCAGAUCGUGGUCGACGGCGAGGGCAAUGUCACCGAGCACACCAACGGCACCCACGACGGCGAGAAGGACUCCGCCGAGUCACAUACCAAGGAGAACGGCGAUGACAAGCAGGUCGACGAGAUGACGGCCAUGUUCGAGGGGCUGGCCAAGAAGAAAAAGAAGAAGUCGUCAUCAAAGGAGAAGCCGGCGGAUGAGGAUGGCGAGGGCGAGGAGAAGGCAGAAGACGACGGCGACGUCGACCUGUCAGCCCUGAAGAAGAAAAAGAAGAAGAAGGUCAAGGCGCCGGAGGGCGACGACUUCGAGAAGCAGUUGGCCGCGGCCGGCGCCGAUGAGAAGGAGGACGAGACAGCAGAGAAAGAAGAGUCUGGCGAGUCUGGCGUCCAAGACGGCGACAUCCACGGCGGAACUGGAAUCUGGGCACACGACGAGACGAAGCAAUACAACUACGAAAGCCUGCUCUCGCGCUUCUUUGUCCUCCUGCACGACUCGCAUCCUGACCUUGCUUCUAGUGGAGGCAAGAGCUACAAGAUCCCGCCACCACAGUGUCUUCGUGAAGGAAACAAGAAGACCAUCUUUGCCAACAUUGCCGACAUCUGCAAGCGUAUGAAGAGGACAGACGAGCACGUCACACAGUUCUUGUUCGCCGAAUUGGGUACCAGCGGUUCCGUCGAUGGUUCGCGGAGAUUGGUCAUCAAGGGACGAUUCCAGCAGAAGCAGAUUGAGAACGUCCUCAGGCGGUAUAUUGUCGAGUACGUCACAUGCAAGACCUGCCGAUCACCCGACACCGAGCUUAGCAAGGGAGAGAACCGUCUAUACUUCGUUACCUGCAACUCAUGUGGAUCCCGACGAUCCGUCACCGCCAUCAAGAGCGGUUUCUCUGCACAAGUCGGCAAGAGAAAGAGAAUGCAAGGUUAA